AUGCCUGGCAAAAAUGUCCAACCACCUUUCUGCCAUCUGCCCGACGUUCACCUCCCUGACAAUAUCAAUGCUCUUGUCAUAGCAGAAGAAUUCUCACGUCGUCUGCCGGCUCUAGAUCAUUCUGAUUUCACAGACGAUGCUCUAUGGUAUGAUCUCUUUGCUGUGUCCGGCAGGAUCCACACGUUCUACUCAGCUAUCACCAUUGCCGCGGCCUGGAAACAUCUGGCCACAACACGUGGGAUCAAGUCCUUUCAAAUUAUAACAGAACAAGUACAGACGAAGCAACAUGCCGGAAAACCAUCCUGGGUUGAUGUACCUUUUCACUUCAAGACCACAAGAGAGCCAAUAAUAUGUGGCUUGGCUAUGCUUUCCUUGGUUCCGGAUGGAGAGAAAGGCAGCAGUGAUACAUGGAGGAUCUGGAUGAUGCGAACCCUGCUGGAUCAGCUGGAAGAGAAGCACGGAAAUGUUGACCGAUUGAAUCCAACAAUACCAAUUAGUCCCACAAAGGCAUCCCAGGGCUCAGGCUGCAAUAUCCGCCCUCCUUAUGAGUUGGGUUGUGUGGUUGUUGGGGCUGGCCAGGCCGGUCUGGCGGUUGCAGGGACGUUGAAGGCCUUGGGAAUUUCAUAUGUGGCCAUCGACCGCAACCGGCGGGUAGGAGAUAACUGGCUGUGUCGAUACGACUCGGUCAAAAGUGCGCUAUCUUCCUGGUAA